UGGUCCAUGGCAAUUUACGUAACAUCAUAGCAUGGCGAACGAAUUCUUUUUCGAUCCAGCCAAAUAUGGUCUAAGAAAAUCGUUAAAAUUAACCGAUUUUUCCGAAUUGCGAGGGUGAGGUUGUAAGGUCUCCCAAGAAGCUUUAAGAAGGUACUUGGGGGACCCUCACACAACACAAUCGAGCCACAAUGUUGUAGAUAAUAAUAAAAUAGAAAUUGGUUUAGAUGCCUGCUUAAUUCCGACACGUUUUCCCAACUUAUUUAUAAUCGAGACUGUUGAUUUUUUCUAUCCUCUAAUUGAUGAUCCCUAUUUAAUGGGAAAAAUUGCUUGUGCCAACGUGUUAAGUGACCUAUAUGCUUUUGGGGUGUAUUGUAUCGAUCACGUCCGGAUUAUCAUGGCUGUGUGUGAUCAAAUGACCGAACAGGAACGUGCUGUGGUCAUACCUUUAAUGCUCAAAGGUUUUCAGGAUCUUGCCAAGGUAGCCAAUUUGAAAGCAAUUGUUCAGAACGCUUCAGUUAAUCCUUGGUGCAUAAUAGGAGGAGUUGCUACAUCUCUUUGCACGUCACAAGAAUACAUUCUUCCGUUAAAUGCACAAAUUGGUGAUGUGCUUGUUUUAACUAAACCUUUAGGAGUUCAAAUUGCCAGUAAUAUAAAUCGUUGGCGUAUUAAUGGUGGUGAAAAAUGGGAGAAUUUAUUAAAGGUGAUCACUGAGGACGAGGUCUUGAAGGCUUUUGCCACUGCUGUUAAAAAUAUGUGCCACUUAAAUAAGAAUGCCGCCUAUUUAAUGCACAAACAUGAAGCACAUGCGGCCACAGAUGUUACUGGUUUUGGAAUUUUGGGCCAUGCAGAAAAUCUGGUAACAUUUCAAAGUCGCGAAGUUUCAUUUCAUAUAGACACUUUGCCAAUAAUCAAAAAUGUAAUUCAGAUUUCAGAGGUGAUUGGUAAUAAAAAACGAUUAUUAAGUGGUUUGGCUCCAGAAACAUCCGGUGGAUUGUUAAUUUGUAUGUCGAAGGAUAACGCUGAGAGAUUUUGCAAAGAGCUGGCAGAAAUCGAUGAUCGUCAGGCAUGGAUUAUUGGAACAGUUGAGGCUGGCAGUAAAACUGUACAUAUUAGCAGUGAUGUGAAAAUAAUUGAAGCCUCAUAGCACAAAUCUCAUAAA